AUGCUGGUCCAAGCUUUAGUGCAUCCAUAAAGAAGAAAGAGCACCGAAUAAGCCCAUUACGUUGAAGAAAUGGUUCUGCUGGUGUCAGUAGCAGCAGUGCUGUUGGUUCUGGGUUUGGCUGUGGAAUCAGACUCUCUCUGCUCACCCACUACCUUUUACAAGAACUGCUGGAUCCGACGCUUCCCAGGUCUUCUGAUCGACCUGCAGGAGUCGCAGAAGAGGGGAGCCCAGGUGCUGAAGAUUUAUGAAGAAGUCUCACCCCUGCAGUGCAGCAGAACCUGCUGCCUUCUGAGGAAUGUUUCCUGCAAUCUAGCAAUUUUCUACCAUGGAACUAUUCAUGAGAAUAUGAAUUGCCUGCACAUAUCUUGCCCAGCUUUGGAAAGCUGCAUACUAAAGGCUAAAAUCAAUGUCAUUUUGUACAACAUCACAACAGGGAUUGAUCCAGAUCUUCUUAUUUUUGAAAAACUGACAUCCAAAGAGCCAAAUAUUCACUCCUCACCAAGUAAAUAUGAAAGGCAAAACAGCACAAAGACCACCGAGUGGGAAAGAUGCCAGCAUCAUAAUGCCACAUUGAGUUCUCUUCUGCUCCAAGCUCCGUCUUCUACCGCUAGCCAUGGAUUAACAGCAAACACUUACACCUCCAGCACAAGACUGACAGUCCAAAACACUGAAGUUACUACUUAUUCCAAGGCAGAAACUUUUCUACCAGAUGAUAAUUUUACUAAGAGGACAAGCACUUCAGUAAGCACUAAGUCAAUCACCAGCUCAGACAAGAAGCCUGUACAUUCAACUUUGAUAUCCAAGUCUGCUGAGGUACUAUCGCACAUGCCCACUCCUCCUCGCCUGAACAGCAGUAAACAACACUUAAAUGAAACCAAAGGCUACAGUGGUAGGAAUUACACUUUGGAUGAGGCACCUGCAUGGGAAGCUGCAGCUUUGGGUUUCUGGUUGAUUCCUGUUAUUCUUUGCUCUUCUCUCAUAUUCCUUUGUUGUUGUACUGUUGCUUUCACAGCAGGGCGUUGCAGCAACAGGAGGGGUCAGUAUAAGCCCAUAAGGAGAAGAAGAACAAUGUCGACACAAUUUAUAAAAAAUGCUACUGGUAAUUUGUAA